AUGCCCUUUUCAUCGUGUAUUUACCCUUUAUCACGUUUUAUCAAUUGGUUUAGCUGUCGCCAUAGCCGUUUUCCAUUUCCAGCAGUGAUACUGCAGCUGUCUAGAAGUGUCGCAGACCAGUAUCUCGCACAACUUCCUCUCUCACCUCAUCCACAACUCUCGGCAUUGUCUCUUCUCCGUCUUUGCCACAUGCUGUCCUCCUCGGGCGAGGGCUACUGUCAGCAUGGCUUUAAAUGGAUUAGCCCAGCUAAGAAGUCAUUUAUGAAUCCUUUUUCUCGUCUUGUGUGCGAUCCAGUCCCUUUCAGGAGUCUCCUUUUGGGGCAUAAAUGUGCCGAGGCUCGACCAACUGAGAUCGCAAAGCUUGGUGCCCUUUGGGAAUAUGCCAUAACAAGCCAUCAGAUACCCUUGUCCACUUCCCUGUCGGAGUUCUUACAAUGCUUGAAGCCACUUUGCCCUCUUUUUAUUUACAUCAACAGCCCUUCAUUGUCGUACUCGUGGCAAUUAUCUAAGAACCAGGGGAGUGAUCUGCUCAUGAGUGAGGAGGUUAUGCGAAGUCUUAUCGUUGGUUGGCAACCCUGGGUUAGACCAGGAUUGCGGCGUAAGCUAGCGGCAAAUUCGCAUAAGUUCUCUUUCUCCAUUUUUAAAUUGGUUCCACCUUCAGAUCGCACUAAUGGGAUGUAUCUUGACACGGUUGAGCUCCAGUGCAAGUGGAAAGCAUUACUACAUUUAGUGCCACCCCAUUUUAUCUCCGUGGAAUCCCUCAAAGCACGGCUGUUGAACCAAACCACCACCCCGAUUCAGAACACUAUGAAUCGACCAAACCACGAUCAGGGUGUGUUCACAUCUCUUCAGUGGCAAGAUUUCACCCAACAGAGUCCGCUUUUCCAUGGCUUGGAAUGGUCCCUUGAUCAAUACAGUUUGCGCCUUGCUUCCUGUGAGGAAUGCAUUAAUGCAGGCUGUAAACCUGAUUUGCUACAGGUGUGUUAUGGUGCCGCCAAUGCAAAUGAUGACCAGGCGGUUGGUGUGUCAACGCUUCCUCUUCCUCUUCAUCAGCGUCCGGUCCUCUUCUACGCGGCACUGGGGCUAAUUGCUCAAGCAGUGCCAACUUUCUUCACACCUCUCGAUAUUGUGCAGCGCCGGUAUGCAUCACAAAGUAGAGCAGCACUGAAAGAACUGCGAGAGCGAUCCGCUUCUCCGGAUAUCAGUGGUUCCUCUCUAACGGAUGAGGAGUUUCAGUGGUUGGAACGCCAUUUUUCUCAUCUCGAGCCGCUCUUGGACCACCCAGACUUGAGAUUCGCGGUGGAGGUAAGAGACGCUGCAGAAGGUGUGCUUGCAGACCAGCCUGCAAGUUUCCAAGCGCGGCUUCCACUAAGUGGAGCCUUGGUGCGGUUGCACACAGACUUUUUCCAUCCUAGCCGUGGUGGGGUUGACCCGUACUUUCUUUACCAGUUCCACAGUUUGCCUUUUACGAAGCAAUUGGAUCCAGUGGGCCCAUGUGGUCUGGACACUUCGAGUUCGACACCACGUUGUAGAUAUGAAGUGCGUCUUUGUGGAGUUUGCACGCCUUCUUCUUCUGCUUCGAUGGAGCCCAUCCACAAGUUACUUUCGGAAUCCCCCUCGCAUCGGUUCCCUCCGUGUGUAGUCGUCGAUGUAAUCGGCAUGUACGGUCCUUCAGCUGCCGUUUCCAAUCCUUCCUGCCGUGACAAGCAAGGUGGAGAGGGUUCCCGAUCGACGGAGCUGGUGCUUGGGAUCUGCAGCGGAUCUCCUUCGAUCGCGCCUUCGUUUGAACUAUUCGGCAGUGAGGUUUCGGCCCAAGCACCACUUUUUGGGGUUGUGCAUAUCUUCACUUUUCGCAUUUCCAACAGUUCAACCGAGUGGUGGUGUGACCUCCCUCCGCCGGUUCUUAAUCUUCUGAGAAGUGAGGGUGUAUUAAAGCUGCUCCUUGCUAGUUUCACAAAACCCCUGACCCCCACUGGCUGCAGUUACGAAAAGGGUGAAUCCUUUGUUAGAAAUUUGCGCUGGCCGAAAUCCUUUGGCAGCCUUGGGGAUUUGGUUAUGCUAACCCAGUUCACCGGCUACCCUAUAAACGGCAACGAAUUUUCCAUCGAACUCCUCAAGACACUUUUGAUGCGGCGACUUGGCGUGUCGUUGCACCUUGCUGCAACUGAUACCCAAUUCCCGAAUACCACUUUUAGAGAUGUAGCGGAGGCAACUGCCAUGGCGCACGCACUUUUUCUUACCAUUCAAUGUGACACUCAUGACUUUUGUUUGCUUUACUACGGGUCCUCUGUACCGGAUUCAUCGGUUCCAAACGCAGAGAAAUGUGGGAAUCCGUUCUGCAGAUCAUGGAUCAACUUUGUACGCAGUAGUUCUUCAUAUCGUCUUGAUCACUCCUUGACAGUUCGACUUCACAGGUACCUCUGCAAGUGGUUCCCCGGUUUGAAUUUGGUAGGAGGUAGUCUUACUAUGCAUCCAGGAAAAUCUUCGCUCAGAGACGAGGCCAUGGAGUGCAUUAAGAUGCCAGCUCACAUUUUCACUCUUCCCUUGCAUCGUAAGAAAGAGCUACUGAUGGAAAUGGCUUUUUUAUAUGGCCCCGAGACUUUGCCCCAGUUAUCCUCUUUGGGCUCUCCAGGAAGAGUAUCACAGUUGUCUUCUGCAUCCACAGAAAAGGAAAGUUUGCCUGCCUUAAUUUCUCGCACGACAGGGACUGCGCACAACUUAUCCCCGGAAUCUGUUGUACCACUCAAUGAGAGGGAGCAUGGUAUUGAACUUAAAUUAAAAUGGGAUUGCAUACAUUCCCUUGAGAGAGAGAAAAUGCGCAUGCUAGGGAAGGAAGUGAAGCGCGAAAGUCCCAUGAGGCAUGCCGAAUGCAAGGAACGCGACGAAAUUAAAGUCAAUUUAAGCCAAGAAUCUGAGUGUAGCAUUUCCCCAUCAUCUUCUCAAACCGCUAAUGACAACGACUUUCUUAGUGAGCUUUUGGCAUCGUCUUCUCAAUCAUCUUCUCAGCAAGGAGCCGCUUUUGAUUCCUCAAAAUCGUUACCUUGCCCAAAUAAUCAGCUGGAUAAGUCACACACAAGUGCCGAUGAGGUGACUGCAGUUUCUUCGGAUCAAGGCUACACAACUGCUACGGGCCUCAUCAACGAGAAGCAUACCAGUCAAUUUCAGCGGUUGAUAGAAAAUGGGCUGGUGAUGCCAUCCCCGUCGCCGCAGCUGGUUCCAAGUCUGGGAACGGCGGCGGCAUCUACUUCACCCAGUCUUCGUAGCGAGACCGGGAGUGGACUUGGUGGGAGUGUAUCACAUCCUCCGCGACGUUUUCCAUUUCCCCCAAGCCCCCUUUCAGAGGGUCUUUCUUCUACCCACAUAGCAGCCGGCAGUGGCUAUGGUAAACCGACAGUCGGCUUUCGUGUUGGGGACUACAAACCCGUCUUUGACAAGGAUAGCGAUCCCAAAAGUUGGAGGAAGAAGGGCCACUCUUCUUACCACAGGAGGGAUGUGAGCUUCCAGGGCACGUUGAGCGCGUCCCCUCCUUUGCCGGGGAUGACGACCCCGCUGGCUUUCCAAGGACCGCCGCAGGGGAUUGCUAAUCCUACUACCACCACAGUGAAGGCGACGUCGGCGCGCGGCUUCACGACUUUUGAACGGCAUAAUUCUCAGGCGGCGGGUGGGGAUGCCUUCCAGCCUGAGAAUGACAGGACGGAUGGCAGGCCUAACGCCCUGCCGAUGGUGGCUCCUAAUUUGAACAGUGAGAAAUUACGUUUGCUAAUUCAAACAGAAGAGGGAAUAUCACUACUGAAGGAACUUUUGCGGUAG